CAUGGCCAUCUUUGUGAGGGGCUGUGCAUCCGCCGGCGGUGCAGCGGCGGUGCAGCGGGAUUCCGCAGUGGGUUGGCUGGCGAUGGAGCGGUGGACCCACUUGCAGCUUCUGCUGUGGCUGCUGAUGCUUCUCCUGCCCCCAGUACCCGGCCGCCAAAAGGAGUCAGGUUCAAAGUGGAAAGUAUUUAUUGACCAAAUUAACCGGUCUUUGGAGAACUAUGAACCUUGUCCAAGUCAAAACUGCAGCUGUUACCAUGGUGUCAUAGAAGAGGAUCUGACUCCUUUCCGGGGAGGUAUCUCCAGGAAGAUGAUGGCGGAAGUAGUCAAACGGAAGCUAGGAACCCACUAUCAGAUCAUUAAGAAUAGAUUAUACCGAGAAAAUGACUGUAUGUUCCCUUCCAGGUGCAGUGGUGUUGAACACUUUAUUUUGGAAGUUAUUGGACACCUCCCUGACAUGGAGAUGGUGAUCAAUGUACGAGAUUACCCUCAGGUCCCUAAAUGGAUGGAACCUGCCAUCCCUGUCUUCUCCUUCAGUAAGACAUCAGAAUACUAUGACAUCAUGUAUCCUGCUUGGACAUUUUGGGAAGGAGGACCUGCAGUUUGGCCAAUUUAUCCUACAGGACUAGGACGAUGGGAUCUCUUCAGAGAAGACCUGCUAAGAUCAGCAGCCCAGUGGCCAUGGAAAAAGAAAAACUCUACAGCAUAUUUCCGAGGAUCAAGGACAAGUCCUGAACGAGAUCCUCUCAUUCUUCUGUCUCGGAAGAAUCCAAAACUUGUUGAUGCAGAAUAUACCAAAAACCAGGCCUGGAAAUCUAUGAAAGAUACUUUGGGAAAGCCAGCUGCUAAGGAUGUCCAUCUUGUAGAUCACUGCAAAUACAAGUAUCUCUUUAAUUUUCGAGGUGUGGCUGCAAGUUUCCGGUUCAAACACCUCUUCCUGUGUGGUUCACUAGUUUUCCAUGUUGGUGAUGAGUGGCUGGAAUUCUUCUACCCACAACUGAAGCCAUGGGUUCACUAUAUCCCAGUCAAAACAGAUCUCUCCAAUGUUCAGGAACUGUUGCAAUUUGUGAAAGCAAAUGAUGAUGUAGCUCAAGAAAUUGCUGAAAGGGGAAGCCAAUUUAUUAUGAACCACUUGCAGAUGGAUGACAUCACCUGUUACUGGGAAAACCUGUUGACUGAAUACUCCAAAUUCUUGUCCUAUAAUGUAACAAGAAGGAAAGGUUAUGAUCAGAUUGCUCCCAAAUUUUUGAAAACUGAACUCUAGCCAUCAUCAGAUCACAGAUCUUUGUAUGAUAGCAGAGCUUGGGUACCCUCUGGUGAACAGUUUACCAUGAGUGUGACACCUACACCUUGAAUAUUAUCAAGCCCAAAGCCUGAUUUCCCUUAUCAUGCUGCACCCAGAGCAACUCCCAAGAAACAUUCAAAGUGUUUGAUAUAGAUAUGAAACAGUUCAAAAUCUUGAUUGAAUAAGGACCACAAAUCAUGAUGUGUGGGUUUUCGAACGCAUUCCAACCAUUCAUUUCUUAAGGACCAAUCACAGCUUGUGCCUCAGACCAGCCACACAACUAUCUCCACCACUGUGAAAUGUCCAUGGGAUGCUUCCCUUUGUCCCAUUAUUUGGAGCAGAAAAUCAUUUGAAACUACUGUGUUACAACUCAUCAUUGUAAUUCUGCAGUUAUUCUAGGUUUGAUCUCUGUUGAUGUAUUUUAAUAGAAAUUUCUAUACGGGUUUGUGAAAAAUACUUGUGGAUCAUUUCCUGAAAGCUCUAAGGAAGCUAUAGUCAUGCCAUGCAAUGAUGUAGGGGUUUUCUUUGUAAAAGAUAAACUCUAUGGUACUCAGGAGGUUUCUGUUAUACUACAUAGAAAGGGGCAAAUCCAUGAGUAAUUAUCGCAUUUGGAUUUCAGGUUCCCUUUUUGUGCCUUCUUACCCUUAUUUUUUAUGACUUUAAAAAAAGACAAAAGACAAAAGCCUCUUAAAUUUAGGAAGUAAUCCUUACUCUUUAAAGGAACUGUGUGUAAAAUAGCAAUUCUUCUGACUCUUGCACACACAAUUACUUUUUUUCUGAAAUUAAUUCCCCAUGUUUUGAAAUUGGGAGUUCAGAGGAUUCAACUGUAGCACUUACUAACAAAAGAAAUACUUGUUUUAGUGCAAGUCUGCAUUGGAGUGCCUCUUUUACCCACUAAAAAAAGAAAAAAAAAAACA